AUGAGAGGGUUACACCGGUCAUUGAGGCUGAAGGUCCCUGCGACUACCGUUAUACCCGUUGGACAAGCGUCCUCCAGACGAGCUAGACUAUGCGCAACUCGUGCUUCAUGCUCAACGCCCCUGGGUAUUGCCUCUAGAACAGCAUUGUACACGACUUUCGCCACAGCAAAUUCUUCCUCCAAAACCCCGAAUUGGAAUCCACUCACGACAGCCCCAGUGACGAAUGGAGAGAUCGCCGAUUUAAGCAAACAACACCAACAUCCCCUCAGCCUCGCAGACCUCGUGAAACAUGGCAGACCACCGCUCUCGACAGAAGCCCUCUUCUCCUCAGCGAACUUCACCUUGAGCCUGUUGCCGAUCCGACUCGCCCAUCGUAUCCAAGCCCUGCGCAACCUGCCUUUCAUCGUCGUCUCAAAUCCCAACAUCAACAAGAUCUACAACAACUACCUGCACUCGCUGUCGACACUCCUCCCAUGGAAACAUCGCACGAUAUCGAACGUCCAAGAUGAAAUCGCCUUCACAUCGGUUCUCGCCGAACUAGUCGCAACCCACCAAGACACGAUCCCCAUUCUCGCCAAGGGCUUCCUGGAGUCCCGUAAAUACAUCUCGCCUGAACAAGUGACGGAGUUCCUGGAUAAGCACCUGCGUGCUCGCAUCGGUACGCGUCUCAUUGCGGAACAACAUAUCGCGCUACAUUAUAGUAGUGCGGCUCAUUUCGACCCCUCGGCUAGUCCGACUCCAUGCCCCGAGCACCCGCACUACAUUGGUGUGAUAAACACGGCGCUCUGCCCGGCUCAGAUUGUUGAUAGCUGCGCUGGAUAUGUGGCAGAGAUCUGCGAGUACAAAUAUGGCAUAAGACCCAAGUGGAUUAUUGAAGGGGAGCUAGAGACAAACUUUGCGUAUGUCCCGAUGCACCUAGAAUACAUAAUCACCGAACUGCUCAAGAACGCCUUCCGCGCCACCGUCGAGGAAAGGGGUAGGACCCUCGAGCCCGUCGUCAUCACCAUUGCACCCCAACGGCCCGACACGGAGGCACCGCAAGUCAAGGUCGGUCCUCCCGCCGAAGACAAAGGCGCUUUCAGGAGCGAGGCCAUUAAGCCGCUUGACGACAAUGCGCCUGGCGUGACGAUCCGGAUCCGAGACCGAGGCGGCGGUAUUGCGUCCGAUAUCCUCCCCCGAAUUUGGGGUUACAGUUUCACUACCUUCUCCGAGGAAGAGGAGUUGUUCGGCACUAGCAUGCUUUCUGGCGCUGGUGGAGGCGGGAGCUCGCUUGCGGGGCUCGGGUAUGGGCUGCCGCUCAGUAGAGCAUAUGCUAAUUAUUUCGGUGGGGAUAUUGCGGUACAGAGCCUCCAUGGUUGGGGUUGUGAUGUGUACCUCAAAUUGAAGGGCGUGGGGAAGAUUCAUUGA